AUGGCCGCGUCAUGCGAAGAAGUCAACCGAAUACGAGGCAGAGCCUUGCGUGCAACCGGUGUACGAUAUUCACCGACAAGGGGUACAUACAUACAUAUAUAUAUGUGUAUAUAUAUAAACAGAAGGAGCAUUCCAGGCGAGAGUACCGAGGAGUGCGUGAGGGCGGCGAGCACCGCGAAGGUGAUGCUGGCGUCUUGCGGUGACGAAUUGCCGGGCAAGUGGUGCUGCAACAGGAUGUCGGGCGCGUUGCACGCUGGCGUCGCAGUCCAGGCGGUGUACGCGAAGGGCGAGGUCGCCUGGGAUAGUAUCUGCAAGCCUGCGUGGACGACGGGAAACAAGGACGGCAACGACGUGUUCUGGGCACGGGAGCCGCAAUGA